AUGUUCUGCGCGUGCUGCGAAGUUGAAGAGCAGGGCGUCGCCAUGGAGGUGAGCCCAGUUCCAGUGAUUGAGGAGGAGGUUCCGAAGCGGCCGGCAGCAGCACCUGCAGAAGUUGCUUUGAAAGCGGCGCCCACGUCGGGGAUCUUCACUGUGGAGAUCCCUUUGCCUGCCUCGAAGCCGGCGCAGCUAGGCUUGGACUUGGAUGCGAUCGACUCCAAAGGCCCGAUCAUUGUCAGCAUCAUGCCCGGGGUUCUCAAAGACUUCAACGAUGCCAAUCCGGCUCUGUCGCUCGAAGCUUACGACCGCAUCGAGGCCGUGAAUGGCGAGACCGGAGAGCCCUCGAAGCUUUACAAGGCCAUGACGAGUGCUGUGGAGGACCUGACGAGGGGAAAGUUCACGCUGACGAUUUGCCGUCCCCGAAAGUUCACUGCCAGCAUCACGAAGACCGGGGAGCCCUUGGGCACGCAGUUGAACUUCAAAGUCUCCAGCGCCGGGAUUGUGGUAACCCGGGUUUCUCCUGGAGGACUCAUCUCCAAGCACAACGAGCAGAACCCGAGCUCGCAGAUUCUUCCUGGCGAUCGCGUUGGGGCGCUGAAUGGCAGCCACCUUAAGGGAGGGGCCAUGGUCGACAGCCUCAAGAAGGAGCCGAACUUGAACUUGUCGGUCUUCCGCUACGACGAGUGA